AGUACAUUGAAAGCAGCAGCUCAAGAUGCUGCUGCUCGCUGCACUGCUCUGUAUACAAGCCCUGGCGGCAGAAAGCCGCCUGGACUGCAGAUGUGGAGAAACCGUCUGCUCGUGCCUCAUCCUGCAACCGAGCCCCGAGGACCAGCUGUGCGCCUACACUUUGCAAGGGACGCAGUGUUCCGCUGUGGGGCCUGCAGGUGUAGACUCCAGGCUAGAGCAUCUCGUCACAGUAGAAGGUACCGUCGCCAACCCGGACUGUAAAUGUGCAGGAAAGUUUUGCGCCUGCAUUGUAUUGAUAUCAUCCACAGAAGACCGGAUUUGUUUGCGUUCCUCGGAAGGGUCACUCUGCAGCCCAGUACAGAAGGCAAUGAAGCGCUACGACCUCCUGUCUCGGCUUAUAAGUAAAGCUGUAGAGAGUCACGACUCCUGCAAAUGUUCUGGCGGCGCGUGCAUCUGCAGCUGGUCCAAGCUGCGGCCUGACAGCGUCGUUUGCAUGCACUCCUCCGAGCGUCUGUCAUGCACCCAGGUCACCACAGACGACAAAGAUGAGGCACGACUGAUCUCCGACGACAACAACGCAGCGUGUUACUGCUCCAACGCGCGCUGCACUUGCAAGUGGGUGGCAGCAGGGAGCGGCGCCGAGGUGUGCUUCUACUCCGCCAAGGACGUGCGCUGCCACACCCACCCCACGCGCGACGGAGCGCCGCCGCCCGCUGACAUGCAGCCGCUGCAUCGGAUCCUCAGAAACGCCGUGCCGAAAAGGGGCUGUUACUGUACCAACGAGAUCUGCACCUGUGAAUGGGGCUUUGCAAUCAAGACCCCCUUCUACAUCUGCUUGACACCUGAAGGUGAAUGCGACAGGGUCGAUACCACUGAUAAACAGCCGUCCCAGCAGUUGGCUCCUAACAGUUGCAGCUGCUCCAGCUCACAGUGUGUCUGCAGAUGGUCCAAAGUCAAGAAAGGUAACCGGAUGUGUUAUCACGGUAAUGGUGUGAUGUGCCUUGAGGUUGUGUUGAAGGGUUAGAUCCUGCCUCAGGCUGAUGAACAGCAUGAGUUUUUGUUGAGCAGGACAUGUUAAUAGAGUUAACCUGUACGAAGCAAAAUAAUCGGAUUUGUUGUGAAAAAUAAUCUUGCAUAUUGCUACAGAUGUGUGAUGAUAUAACACAUCAGCCAAUACUGUGAAUUACCGUCGCUGAGUGUGGUCGAUAUCUACAGGCAAAAAGGAGAUAAAAACCAUUUUCUCAAAUGCGUUGUCAUCCAACGAGUCAUACAGUUUUAAUCAAUAUUAGAAAUAAACUGCAUUUAUACUAAAAUCGAAAGGGACAAGUUACUGUUUGCUAACACUCUCAGUUUUGUGGAUUAUUGACUAUAAAUAUUUAAUGCUUAUUGUAAUUUUAUAAAUAUUUCGAUACUGAAAUAAAACUUUCAUUACAUCAAAAAACCUGUUGAUGAAACGUGUUACAUUUCAUCAAAGACAGUUAAAACAAAAAAUUUCGGUAAAAUAAAUUUUUGUCUGUCAAUACCAAAGUGCACACAGAAUGGGUAAAACCUUCGUAUGUGCUGAAAUGUUUGAGAUGGUCUCUUGAAUCACUCAUUGUAAUGAAAAUCACAAAAAAGUUAUAAAAUCCACAUUAAUAGUUUGCUGUACUAUUAUAUUAUUAUUACCUUUAAGAUUUUGAUUUGUAAUAUGUUGCUCGCAUUUCAAAUCUCUUGUAAUGUAAUGAACUAAAAAUUUUCACACAAAAAAUUAAAUAUUUAUACACCAAUAAAAACUUAGCAAAUUGAACAAGGUUAAAUAUCAGGAAAGACAUAACAUUUGAACUUUACUCACAUAAAACAAAUGAAGCUGUCGCCGAAUUAUUUUAUAAAAUGAACAAAUCUCUCAUAAGGUAAAGCAAUAACUGUACUGAUAGAGCACUAGUUCCUAAAUUAGAGCCUAUGACCAU